CUACGUAUUUUCAGCAAUUAGUUAUCUAAAUUUAGAACGAACGAAAUGCACUGAAAUAACAUUUUCAGGUUUAUUUGCGGUAAUUCCAAUUACUUACAUAACUAUGAUAUCAAGUACAGAAAAUCAAUCAAAACCAUCUUCGAGCUUUGUCAAUACCACGUUUUCCUAUUCAGAUCGAUGCAAUGUGAAAGAACCCUCUUGAAUACUAAUGCUUAACAUCGUUCCCAUUCGUAUUUCUACUUCUUCUUUGACGGAGUACCUAUAAAAACGAAAUUUUUCAUUUCGAAGGUAUCAAUUCAUUUCUAUCUUCAGAAAAACUACAAUCAUGUUCAAAUAUUUCGCUCUCUUCAUUAUCGUUGGGUGUGCUUUGGCCAAUCCUGAGCCAGAAGCCAAGGCUACUCCUGAAGCUAAAGCAGAACCCAAACCAAGCAUUAUUGCUCCUAUUUCUGCUCCAGCUCUAGCUUACAGUGCUGCGUAUACUGCUCCAUUGGCUUAUAGUGCAUACAGUGCUCCAUUGGCUUAUAGUGCAUACAGUGCUCCAUUGGCUUACAGUGCCCCUGUUGUAUCUCCCUACGCUGCAGCAUAUGCUUAUUCACAAUAUGUUGCUUCACCAUAUGCUGCUUACACUCCAACUGUUGUAGUUUGAAUUAACUUAAUAAAAAAUAAUUGAUUGUUAAAA